AUGGACCAGCAUGAAUGUUGUUUCAAUUCACACCGCGUCCAAAGCAUGCACCAGGAAGAGGUGCUUCGCCAUCGAAUGGACUUUGAACCGUACCGAUCACAAACAAAUGCUUUGGCCAGAUCAUCCCUGACGAUCCCCUCUUCGAUGCCGUUGUUAGAGCAGCUCUCUCUUCCUCCAACCCCUCCUGCCCACAUCGACCGAGGGCCGAAUCGAAGCCCGACUCUCCCGCUCUCGCGCGUCUGGCACUUGCAGACACCGGACACUGUGAAGAACAGAGCAAAGAACAUCGGCCGAACGAAGGAUCCACCGCGCCUUCCCAAAAGACAGUAUACAAAGUUCUUUCAAAGAGUUCCCGACACCAAAGAUGGGUGGCUUGAAGCAAGGGAUCGGCUCGGCCUGACGAAUCUUGAAGGCAUCGCGAAAGCGAUCGAUGAUAUCAUAUGGUUCGGAAACGAUUGUGAGCUGCCCUGGAUCCUCAAGGACAUGAAAGACUACAUUGCGCAUCGGGCGGGGAAAUCGAUGAGCAUCGGUGGCCCCGACCGAGGCACCCUCCUGUCCAGAUACGGCCACGUAGUCUUCUUGGGUGAAUGCUGCGUCGCCCGUCAGCUGGGAAUAAGUAAGGAAUUAAUCGACAACGCCGUGGAAAAUUUUCUUGACAAUACGAUAUCGUCAGCCAGGUCGUCGAAACGAACCUGCGCGGGUAGGAAGACACAGCAGAUGUACGGGAAGGUUCCAUCAUGGAUUACGGGUCAGGAGCAAUCGCUGUUUGACCAUUGUGGGCAUCUUGCAUCAGAGAUGUUCCUUCAUGCUGCGAUGAGUCUCUCAAACUUUGACAGUCUAUCCAGGUCCGGGCCAGACCAGCGGUUUCGGGAAAAGAUCAUGGCUAAGAUCCCAUCGGACACGAUAUCGUCGCCCCAGACCGAGCUUCCCUUCUAUUUGCCGUUCAUUGUUUGGGCAUGUAUCCGCCUUCACACAGGCAUUGAUUGCUACGAGCAACUGGAACCGGCCUUAGGUGCCACCAAGUUUACCGAAGCCGAUUUCCAAAAAUGGUUUGAAAUUUAUCAACGGAACACAACAAAGCCUAUCACAGGUCGCAAGCGUCACCUAGACGACGUCCAACCUCAGCCGAUAAGCAAACAACAGCGGACCGAUUCCCAAAGGUCAUGCAGGUCACCACCUCAUACUGCUGCUUCGGCUCUCUCAGGUGCUCUUGCACAGGAAGGCAGUUCUGCCCCGUCCCUGCUCAUCGGCAGCAAUGCAAACAAGGGCGCACCUGAGCAAGGGCUACAAAAUCAUCGAUUGCCCCAGAUUCCUACUUGCGUUGGUGCUGACCAGUUCACUCCGUCAUUCGCGCUGGAGUUUGGCCGCGAAACGACUUUUCAUGGAUCACAAUUAGAAAAGCCUGCCGGCUAUGUGUAUGAUCUGACCGGCCCAGUCGACCAGCCUCCGGCCCAACUCGAGAACAUCACAGUCCCAUUCACCGGGCCGCGUGACGAUAUAAUCGGCGCAACCAUUUCGUCGGAAAGUUUUUGGAGCGGCUUCGAUUGGAAUCAAAUUAGCCGUCUUGAGCCGGCGCAUCAUGAGGACCGUGUUCGAUAUAUGAGCGGGCACGAGUGA